UCUCUGGAGUGAGGCGAGAGCCCCGCACAGAGCGAGCGAGACAGCGAGCUGAGCUCCGGGCGCUACCGCCACCGCAGCGGAGAGCGUGAGAGCGAGGGAGCAUCCGAGAGACCCAGCCCCCGUGCACUGGCCACCGCCGAGACCUUCGUCCUGACCUGGACCAGCGGGAGCCGCGGCCACCCCUCUUCUCCCCCCCUCACCUUCCCGGCCGGCAGUGGCGGCUGCACACGCCGGAGCCCGAGCCGGAGCCGGCGGCUGGGGGGCAGGGAGGCGGCUACCUCGGGCCGGGACUAGUCAGCUUCUCCGCGGUGAGAAGACGCUGAGGAGGGGCCGGAGCUUCUGUCUCGUCCCGGAGCGCGGGGCGAGGGACCCCCAACGUGUAGGGAGGGGGUCCCAGCCGCAGCGACACAUGCGGGAGCCGGGAGCGGGGGCGGCGCCGAGCGGAGCCGGCCGGGUCCCCCACCACGCCGCUGCCUCGGCCACCCGCCCGGGGCCGUAGCAUCUUGCCCCAGAGUGUAUGAGCCGGGGACCCAAGCUCAGCAACCACCCCCCGGCCGGGGGGGCGGGGACCCCGAUGUGAAGCGGCGGCCCCGGCGGCUGGGAGAGCAGGACCGGCGCCGCCGUCCUUUCCUUACCUCCCCCCCCCCCCCUCAGCCCCCUCGCGGGGGAGGGGGUCUUCUCCCUUGGCCAGUCGCCGGCCCCCCGGCUCCUCGGCAGAACUCCGGGAGGAGUUCUUAGAGCCCCCUCCCCCGCCCCAGCCCCGAGGGCGGGGGGGACCCGGGGGGCCGGCUGCAGCCUCAGCCCAGAGGAAAACUUUGUAAGAGCAAAAUCUGGAGCCUCCCAGACGUGACUGUCCCGGGAGAAGUGGCCCAGGGCGGGCAGAAGACACAGCCUGAAAAGACCCAGGAAGAGGAAAAGAGGUAAGCGGGGCCGCUGCCGCCUCCUCUGCUCCGGCAGCGCGGAAGAGACCCGGGUGACCGCCUGGCUUAGAGACACAAGCACCGCUUCUUCCUCAGUAACGCGCCGGAGCCUUCCGCAGCUGCCGCCUCAGAGCGGAGGAGGAAGGGAACCAACCCACUUUCUCAGCGCCACGGCUCUUCCCUAAAGUAAUGUGAAAUCCUUUGCAUCUUCUGAUAGUCUAGCUAAGGUCCAAGAAGUAGCAAGCUGGCUUUUGGAAAUGAAUCAGGAACUGCUCUCUGUGGGCAGCAAAAGACGACGAACUGGAGGUUCUCUGAGAGGUAACCCUUCCUCAAGCCAGGCAGAUGAGGAACAGAUGAAUCGUGUGGUUGAGGAGGAACAGCAGCAGCAACAGCAACAGCUAAGACAACAAGAGGAGGGGCACACUGCCAGGAAUGGUGAGGUCGUCGGAGCAGAACCUAGACCUGGAGACCAAAAUGAUUCCCAGCAAGGACAAUUGGAAGAAAACAAUAAUCGAUUCAUUUCGGUAGAUGAGGACUCCUCGGGAAACCAAGAAGAGCAAGAAGAAGAUGAAGAACAUGCUGGUGAACAAGAUGAGGAGGAUGAAGAGGAAGAGGAAAUGGACCAGGAGAGUGAUGAUUUUGAUCAAUCUGAUGACAGUAGCAGGGAAGAUGAACAUACACAUAGUAACAGUGUCACAAACUCCACUAGUAUCGUGGACCUGCCUAUUCACCAGCUUUCCUCCCCAUUCUAUACAAAGACAACAAAAAUGAAAAGAAAAUUAGACCAUGGUUCUGAGGUCCGCUCUUUUUCUUUGGGAAAGAAACCAUGCAAAGUCUCAGAAUAUACAAGUACCACUGGGCUUGUACCAUGUUCAGCAACACCAACAACUUUUGGAGACCUGAGAGCAGCCAAUGGCCAAGGGCAACAACGACGCCGAAUUACAUCUGUACAACCACCUACAGGCCUCCAGGAAUGGCUGAAAAUGUUUCAGAGCUGGAGUGGACCAGAGAAAUUGCUUGCUUUAGACGAGCUUAUUGAUAGUUGUGAACCAACCCAAGUAAAACAUAUGAUGCAAGUGAUAGAACCCCAGUUUCAACGAGACUUCAUUUCCUUGCUCCCUAAAGAGCUGGCACUUUAUGUGCUUUCAUUCCUGGAACCCAAAGACCUGCUACAAGCGGCUCAGACCUGUCGCUACUGGAGAAUUUUGGCUGAAGACAACCUUCUCUGGAGAGAGAAAUGCAAAGAAGAGGGUAUUGAUGAACCAUUGCACAUCAAGAGAAGAAAAGUCAUAAAACCAGGUUUCAUACACAGUCCGUGGAAAAGCGCAUACAUCAGGCAGCACAGAAUUGAUACUAACUGGAGGCGAGGGGAACUCAAAUCUCCUAAGGUUCUGAAAGGACAUGAUGAUCAUGUGAUCACAUGCUUGCAGUUUUGUGGUAACCGAAUAGUUAGUGGUUCCGAUGACAACACUUUAAAAGUUUGGUCAGCAGUCACAGGCAAAUGUCUGAGAACAUUAGUGGGACACACAGGUGGAGUAUGGUCAUCACAGAUGAGAGACAAUAUCAUCAUUAGUGGAUCUACAGAUCGGACUCUAAAAGUGUGGAAUGCAGAGACUGGAGAAUGUAUACAUACCUUAUAUGGGCAUACUUCCACUGUCCGCUGUAUGCAUCUCCAUGAAAAAAGAGUUGUUAGCGGUUCUCGAGAUGCCACUCUUAGGGUUUGGGAUAUUGAGACAGGCCAGUGUUUACAUGUUCUGAUGGGUCAUGUAGCAGCAGUCCGCUGUGUUCAAUAUGAUGGCAGGAGGGUUGUUAGUGGAGCAUAUGAUUUUAUGGUGAAGGUGUGGGAUCCAGAGACGGAGACCUGUCUACACACGUUGCAGGGGCAUACUAAUAGAGUCUAUUCAUUACAGUUUGAUGGCAUCCAUGUGGUGAGUGGAUCUCUUGAUACAUCAAUCCGAGUGUGGGAUGUGGAGACGGGGAAUUGCAUUCACACGUUAACAGGACACCAAUCGUUAACAAGUGGAAUGGAACUCAAAGACAAUAUUCUUGUCUCUGGGAAUGCAGAUUCUACAGUUAAAAUCUGGGAUAUCAAAACAGGACAGUGUUUACAAACAUUGCAAGGUCCUAACAAGCAUCAGAGUGCUGUGACCUGUUUACAGUUCAACAAGAACUUUGUAAUUACCAGCUCAGAUGAUGGAACUGUAAAACUAUGGGACUUGAAAACGGGUGAAUUUAUUCGAAACCUAGUCACAUUGGAGAGUGGGGGGAGUGGGGGAGUCGUGUGGCGGAUCAGAGCCUCAAACACAAAGCUGGUGUGUGCAGUUGGGAGUCGGAAUGGGACUGAGGAAACCAAGCUGCUGGUGCUGGACUUUGAUGUGGACAUGAAGUGAAGAGCAGAAAAGAAAUUUGUCCAAAUGUGUAGACGAUAUACUCCCUGCCCUUCCCCCUGAAAAACAAACAAACAAAAAACAAA